AUGAAAGAUGAAUUGGAUGCAUUAGAAUUAAAUAACACCUACACCAUUGUCCCUUUACCCGUCACACAAAAGGUAGUUGGUUCUAUUCAUGGUUGGAGUCUCUCUCAACUUGACAUUAAUAAUGCCUUUCUGAAUGGAGAUCUAUAUGAGGAUGCUUUGAUGGAGUUACCUCUUGGAUAUCAACUUCAAGGGGAGCUAGCCAAGGGACAUGAAUCUGGGCUUGAAAUAGCCAGAUCAAGAUUUGGGAUAUCCAUCUGUCAAAGGAAGUACGUCCUUGAACUUUUGGAGGAAUUUGGUCACUUAGGAACUAAGCCUUCUUCUAUUCCUAUAGAAGUUAAUCACAAAUUGGCACAUACUGAUGAGAAUUUAUUGAAGAAUCCUACUGAGUACAGGAAAUUGGUGGGUAAAUUGUUACACUUAACUCUGACUAGACCUGACAUAAGUUAUGUUGUGCAUGUUUUGACUAAAUACAUGGAUAAACCAACAGAAGUCCAUUUACAGGCUGCUUUUAAGGUAUUGAGAUAUCUAAAAACAGCUUCUGGUCAAGGUAUCUUUAUGUCUACAAACUCAGAAUUAAAACUAAGGAGUUACACUUAUAGUAAUUGGGCAGGCUACAUUGAGAUAAGAAAAUCUUUAUCUAGCUUUUGCAUAUUUAUUGGUAAUUCUUUAGUGAGCUGGAAAUCUAAAAAGUAG